AUGGCACCAAUUAAGCGAGUUGCUAUUCUUGGUGGGACAGGGGCUCAAGGCUCGAGCGUUGUCAAGAGUCUUUCGAAAGCCGGAAUAUUCGAAAUCACCGUCCCUACCAGAAAUCCAUCUUCAGCCGAAGCCCAAGCUAUUGAAGCCUUGCCGAAUGUCAAACUGCUGCAGGCCGACUACUUGACCGAGGCCGGCCUCAGAAGCAUUCUCGCCAACCAAGAUGGCGUAUACUUUAACAUGAACUCAUUUGCCGUCACUGAGCCAUUCGUUUACUUUUGGACAUUUCGCGCAUAUGAAAUCGCCGUCCAAAGUGGAUUGAAGCUUUUCGUUUUGCCAGCUGGGCCAAAUCGAUAUGAAGCUCACGGAUACAAAGAAGAAUUCCGAAACGCACACGGCGUGAUUUCCGGGCGACUUUCCGAUUGGCUCUCCCACCAGCCGACAGACAUUCUACCAUGGUGCAUUACCUAUGGUGGCGUGUAUGCUGAGAUGCUAUGGACACUACUCCAGCCACGAGUUAGGGAUGAUGGUGUAUAUGAGUUCGCCGCGCCCAUUGGGGAUGGCAACAUCCCAUUCACCCCUCUGGAGGACUACGGCACUCGCUUGCGAUGGAUAUUCGAGCAUCCAGAGGCUUCCACUGGCAAAACUCUGGGCUGGGGCGUUAUGUACACAAGCUAUAAAGAUUUGGUGCAAGCGUUCGAGGAGACCACGGGGAAGCAAGCUGUGUUUAAAGACUUGACGCAAGACGAGUGGUUUGAUAGAGUGCGGGUGUAUAAAGAUCCGGAAACUAAGUUUCCUGACAGCGGUCUUCCAGAUGAUGAUACCACUUUUACGUGGAGGCAGACUUUUGGCGCUUGGUGGAACUUUUGGAAGUACAAUGACCGCAUUCGAGAUCCGAAGAGGGAGAAGGAAACGGCGGCAUAUGCUGAUGAGGUGUAUCCCGCCAGGCACAAGACUAUCAAGGAGUGGAUGGUUGCGAACAAUUAUACUGGUACAAAAUAG